AUGGCAGCCGGCCGGCCGGAGGCGCAGGACCACCCGCCCGAGAACGGCUUCACCCCGCUGGAGCACCCAGUGCCCCGGCUGCUUCCGCGCAUCGACGGCUCGGUUCUGCCGUCUCUGGGGGGCUUUGGGAAACAUCAGAAGCAGCUCGUGGUCCUGACCUGGAUACCGGCAUUGUUCAUCGGCUUUAGCCAGUUUUCGGAUUAUUUCCUCCUGGCUCAGCCUAAUGGCACGUGCGUGCAACCCCUCACCAACGAGAGUAACUGGACCACGGCACCCCCGCCGGUCACCGUCCCCGGUGGCGCACCCGCGCUGCAACCCAAGGGCAACGGCACCAUCAGGGAGGGAUACGGCGACGACAGCGGCGGUAUGCUGUGCGCCUGCAAGGAGUGGAGGCUGGAGCUGCAGACGGGACUUAGCCAGAAUGUUGUUACCAAGUGGAACCUGGUGUGUGACUCAGCCUGGAAGGUGCACAUUGCCAAGUUCUCUUUGCUGGUGGGCUCCAUAUUUGGCUACCUAGUGAUGGGUGUCAUGGCUGACUGGUUUGGUCGACACCCGGUGUUGAUUCUCUCGGUGCUUUUCAUGCUGGUGUUUGGUCUGAGCGUUGCCUUCUCUGUAAACGUCACCAUGUUCAGCACCUUGCGCUUCUUUGAGGGUUUCUGCUUGGCGGGCCUCGCUCUCUCCCUCUACGUGCUCAGGAUUGAGCUUUGUUUGCCAGCCUGGCGCUUCUCCAUGACCAUGGUGGCCAGUUUUCUGAUGGUGGGCGGGCAGCUACUGAUGCCAGGGGUGGCCGCUCUGUGCCGCAAUUGGCCGGGCCGGGAUGACUGGCAGGUCCUGCAGAUUGUCAUUAUCAGCCCUUUCGUUUUGAUGCUGCCCUACGUCUGGCUUUUUCCCGAGUCGUUGCGCUGGUUGCUGGCCACCCAGCACUACAGGCGGUCCAAAGCCAUGAUGCUGCGCAUCGCCAGGAAGAACCAGGUUAACACGACAACCGAGCCGAGUGGAGUGUUCACAGAGCUGGAGCAGGAGCUGCACAAGAAACCCCAGAGGACCUGCAUUGUCAAGAUGAUGAGCACCAGGAACCUGUGGAAAAACAUUGUGGUGCUGUGUGUCAACUCGCUGACAGGUUACGGGAUCCACCACUGCUUCGCCCGCAGUAUGAUGGACCCGGAGGCCCAGCCCACAGCUUUGUGCCACGCGGACUAUUACACUAUGGCUGGCAUCGCCGUGGCAACCUGCCUGGCGCUUUGCCCCGCGGUGGGGUUGAUGGGUCGCCGUGGAGGGCUGCUCACCUUCAUGAUCAUAACAGCCCUGGCAUCGCUACUACAGCUGGGGUUACUCAACUUGAUUGGGAAGUACAGCCUUCGCCAUGACAUAGUUCUGCGCGACACUCUGAACAGGAAAUUCUCGGUGGCCUUCUCCAUCAUCGGCAUGUUCUCCUCCCAUGCAGUCAGCACACUCAGCAUAUUCUUUUGUGCUGAAAUCACUCCUACUGUCAUCAGGGGUGGAGGGCUGGGCCUGGUCCUGGCCAGCGCCGGCUUCGGCAUGCUCACUGCGCCCAUCAUGGAGCUCCACAACCAGAAGGGCUACUUCCUGCACCACGUGAUCUUCGCCUGCUGCACCCUGCUGUGCAUCAUCUGCCUGCUGCUGCUGCCCGAGCCGCGGGGCCAGCCGCUGCCGGAGAGCCUGGCCGACGGAGAGACCUUCACCCGUCAGGCGCUGCUCCAUCCAGGAGAGCAGCACCUCCUUCUCGCCAAGACUGACGGCGACUACUCCCGCGUCCACGACACGCCGCUACACCUCACGACCACCGGGGGCGCGACAGUGGCGGCGGCAACCGCUCUGGCAGCGGUGCCUGCCUCAUACGCCCUGGCCACCGGCGGGGAGGUGAUUGGAAAUAAUGCCAUAGCCAAUGGGGUGUGAACACCAUAGCAAUAAUCUACUACCGUGCUAAUUAUUGCUCAAGAAUUUUAACCUGAACAGAAUGGUCAAUGAACCUCUGCAACAAAAAAUAAAAAUAAUAAUAAACUUUUAAGGAAGAAAAAAAAAAAAAAAGAAUCUUUCGGAUGAAC